CAUUUUUAUUGUUUACCACACACCUCACAAAGUUCACCAGCCUGCAAAUUAAUUUAAUUAUUAAUUUAAAAAAAAAUACUUGAGUUUAUUUGUGUAAAUAAAAACUGCACUGCAAAACCCCUUUCCCUGCCGAUAAGAAAAUAUGGCUAAAAUGGUCGGGAAAGGUAAGAUACCUGCUGAAACGGAGGACCAACAAAGACUGAGAUUUCAGGUGGAGCUGGAAUUUGUACAGUGCCUGGCGAAUCCCAAUUAUUUGCACUUUUUAGCCCAGAGAGGCUACUUCAAGGAUCAAACAUUCAUCAAUUACCUCAAAUACCUUCUCUAUUGGAAGGAGCCAGAGUAUGCGAGAUAUCUCAAGUACCCCAUGUGUCUCUAUUUCCUCGAUCUGCUCCAAUACGAGCACUUCCGCCGUGAAAUUGUUAACGUUCAAUGCUGCAAAUUCAUCGAUGAUCAGGCAAUUUUGCUGUGGCAACACUACACGCGCAGGAGAACCAAAUUACUCAAUAUCGGGGGGAAUGGUGCAGUGAAUCAGACCGAUCCGGCUGCAAGUCAGAAUGGAGGAGCCCCCAAUGGGAUGGGACAGAAAGUUACAUGAUCCCACCAAAUGCAUCAAUGAGCAUUUUCUCCACUAAUUAGGGGGAAAAUGCAGCGACAUCCUCCUCCUCAUCUAAGGUAUCGUGCACAUAAGAAAUAUUAUUAAUUUAUAUAUAAAGAAAAUGUAAAAUAAAAUAAGAUGAGAUAUGAAUUUGGUCACGCUAACGGAUUUAUCAUCGUAUAUUGUCCACGCAAUACACGUAAUUUUGCGUAUAGCAGUCGGUAUUUACAUAGCGGAAAAUGGUGUGAAUUAAUUGUUAAUACACCUGACACAAAUUUCGCAUAUAACAUAUUUUUAUGGUGCGAUAGAGUGAAAAAUAAUUGAAUAAGUACCAAUGCCAAGAAAUUUAUAACAUAAGGUACGUUUUGUGCGACAGUUUUUCUUUAUCCACCAACUCUCAUCAAAGAAACAUGCAAAAUUUCUAAAUGCUCUCCUCCAGGUGAUUAAUCUCUUCAUGCUAAAGACCGAGUUAAAGACAUACCAUAAUUUUCAUGGCUGUAAAACCUUCAAAUUGCAUUGAAAUCUCAUUGAAUAUUCAGAGGAACCCGUUAGUAAGAACUGAAUAGAGUAUAUAUUGGGGUAGAGAGGGGCGGCAUUGUAUGCAUUAAAUGCAAAUUCACGGUUUUAUUGACUUUUAUAAUAGCCAAUUAGGAGGGUAGGGUACCUUACCUAUGUAACAUUUAUUCUAAAUAAAACAAAAAUGCCAUUCAAUCUAAAAUUAUUACAUUUCCCCCUGUAAUUUAUUAAAUAAAAUUGAUUGAUUUCCAACUUGUGAAUUAUGUGACAAUACAUCACUAUAUACAUAAAGAUACCGAGAAAGCUUCUACAAUUUAGGUCUUUUACAAUUUCUUAACGUUACAUCAAAUUACGACGACCAAUAUGUCCAAUUAAUUUACCCCUUUUUUCGUGAAAGCGCCAUGCGGAUCUUUAUGUGAAUAAGAAGAAAAAAAAAGAAGAAAAAGUCCACCAAGAAUGGCGUAUUCUGAUUAACUAAACGGAUCACACGUAUCAAAUGUGAAAAAAUUGAGAGAAAGACGUGGAAAAAAUUCGGCUGAAUGAGACAUUGAAAUUCAAAAUGCAUUGUAAUAAAAUUCUCUUUGUACGAUUUUCUCGGUGUAACACUUUGUACUGAAAUCAAUUUGUAUAAUAAAAUCGUUGGCUACCUAAAAGGGGUUCAUCGUAUCGUAUUGUCAAUGAAAAUAACAACUAAACCAUGUAAAAAAAUUAUAACAUAAUAAAAAAUUGUAUAAAAACAUUUUUAUAUUGUACCAUGUACCACCAUUUGCAGAAUGAAAAAAAGAUUUUAAAUUAGUUAAAUUCUAUGCUAAUUUCUUGAUUUUAUUUUAUCCUAAACUUUACUUAUUUAUUCCAAGGUUAGUUGGAAAUUCUUUGCAGUGUAUUGAUGGAUUUUAAAUAGAGGGGUUGAUUCGGAUAAAAAUCUUUUACUUUCUUUUCUUACAAUUUCACAUUUCAAAGAUUUUGGCAUUUUGUUUCUUUUCUUUAAUCGUGUUUUUAAAGGAAAAUUUUUUUUCCAGAGCUUUUUUAAAGAUCUUUCUGACCUUUCUGACUAAUUUCUGGAACAACCAAUUUUUUGUUAUAACUACAAUAGAAAGAUUUAAAAACAUCAACUGUCAAAAUCUAACAACAACUUUUAAGUGUUUAGGUAAGAAAAGAUUUUUAUCAGAAUCGACCUCAAAACUUAAAAAAAAACUUCCAAAUGUUUUAGAAUGUGUAUAUAAUUAGGAAAUAUUUUAAAUUGUUUUAAAACCCAAUUAAACUGAAAUAAAAAUUAAAAAGUAAAAAUGUUGUAA